CUCAGAACAACUCUUGGUUUCCUGAAGUGUCCUCUCUGGGUUCAUCUCAUCUCUGCAUCCAUUCACCAUAUUUAGUCCUCUGAAGCAUCCUGGAUCAUGCAUGAAAAGUCAGCACAAAAAGCUUACAGCAUGUAUGGCAGUGGUUUUGGAGGAAGCACUCGCAUAUCUUCCGCUUCUGUUCGGCAGAGUGGCUGCUACCCAGAUAUGCAAUCCAGAAUUGGAGGGGGAUAUGGUUAUGGUGGAAUGAACAGUGGAGGACACGGUGGAGGAUUUGGUUCUGGGAUCAUGGCUGGAGGCUGCUAUGGAGGGGAUGGUGACUUUGUCCAGCUGAACGAGAAGGCCACCAUGCAGAACCUGAAUGACCGUCUGGCUGCUUACCUGCAGAAGGUGCACUCUCUGGAGGCUGCUAAUGCCAAUCUGGAGAAGCAGAUCCGUGACUUCUAUGAGAAGAAGGGGCCGGGUGCACCAAGGGACUACAGUGCCUACUGGAACACCAUCAAGGACUUGAAGGAAAAGAUCAAAACUGUUACUGUCAACAAUGCCAGCAUCCUACUGCAGAUCGACAACUCUAAGCUGGCUGGUGAUGACUUCAAGUCAAAAUAUGAGCAUGAGUUAGCUAUGCGGCAGUGUGUGGAGGCUGACAUCGCUAACCUGCGUCAAUUGUUGGAUCAGAUGAAACUGACAAAGGCCGACCUGGAGAGCCAGAUCAAAAGUCUACAGGAAGAACUGGACUUCAUGAAAAAGAACCACGAAGAGGACAUGGCAGCACUGAGGUCUCAGCUGACAGGCACAGUAAAUGUGGAGGUUGAUGCUGCCCCUCAGCAAGACCUCAACAAGGUUUUGGAGGAAAUACGCUCUCAUUACGAGGCCAUCAUAACGAAACACCGCAAGGAACAGGAAGCCUGGUUUAAUGAAAAGACGGCACAAUUUGGCAAAGAAGUGGCCAUCAGCACAGAGACCAUACAAACCUCUAAGUCUGAGAUCUCAAUUCUACAAAAGACCUUGCAAAGCCUGGAGAUCGAGCUACAGUCGCAACUCAGCAUGAAAGCAUCACUGGAGAGCUCACUGGCAGACACAAAGGCUAGAUACAGUGCUAUGCUAGCAGGCUUCCAGAACCACAUCAACAUGCUGGAAGCAGAACUGUGUCAGAUGCGGGCAAGCAUUGAGCAACAGGGUUUAGAAUAUGUAGCACUUCUGGACAUCAAGAGCCGCCUGGAGCAGGAGAUCGCCACCUACAGAAGCCUCCUGGAAAAUCAGGACAUUAAGACUCAUGUGCAAGGUGGACCUCCAAAUGUCUCCUCAGGUGGAUCUCAAAAUGUCCCCCGGUAGACCAGCAUUCCCAAUAAAGCAGACCACCACAACUCACUAAAAAUUAAAGUCAAAGCAGACAAUAUCAUUCAAUACAGCUUCAAAAUUCACGUUUGAUGUAUGAAAUAUAUGUUGUAGAACAAAACGAUCCAUGUUUCAUCAAGUAACGUUUACUACAGACGUUACUUUUCUCAUAAGUUCAAAAACCCCAUUAUGAAAAUCAACAGUAAAAUCCCUUCCAGGUUUUUGAACUACAAGCUGAACAGCUCUAUUACAAGAAAACUAGUUGACACUCACUUUUUUUGUGAAGAAACCCUUUCAAUGAAAAUAAAACUACCAUCAAAAUGACCUCUUAUAUUACUUGUGUUUG